AUGUCUGAGCUCCUCGAAUUCUCCACAAUCACCCUCAAAGAAGGCUCCACGCCGCCCCAAUCCCUGCUCAACGACCUCAAAACUCUCGCCUCAAUCCCCGGCGUCAUCGCCUUCUACUUCGGCCGCCAACUCGAGAAUCCCUCCAAAUACACCUGGGUCGCCCGCUGGACCUCUCAGGCCGCUCUCGACGACUUUCACGCCAGCCCCGGCUUCACUCUCUGGGCCGCCUCCUACGUCGCGCCGCUGGCGACUUUCACAGUGUUGACUUGCGCUGCUGUCCACGGCGACGCCAUUGCUCCUCUCGAGGCCCCUUGCACCGAGUUCCUCUUUAGCUAUGGCGCUGACGAUGACUAUCUUGAUGCCCGGCUCGACCCUUUCCUCAAGGCUAUUUCUGACGCAAAGCUGCCCGGCAUGGGCGGCGGCAUCACUGGAGAGCUUGCGCCCGUGAAUCAUGUCGGCGUUGAGCAGCCGGAACCCAAGAUUGUCGUUUUUCUGCUGGGCUGGACCUCACUGGCCGAUCACCAGGCUCAGAGAGGCGAGGUGAUUGACCAGCACAUCCACUACAUCAGGUCGGGCCGCAAAUCUGUCGAGUUGUUCCAUGUAACGCUUCAGAAGCUAUAA